CUAGCAUUGUGGUUGCUAACGUUAGUAGACUACUAGCUAACGUUAGUAGCCUUACGUUAGCAUAUUCUUCACUUGGCGUUACUAACUGUCGCUUUAGACAACAACGACGUCUAAUACGAGUGUUAAACGUUACUAUAUAGUGUGUUGCUAAUCCUACUUUUCUUAUGAAUACAGAGCCAUUCGGGUGAACUGCCAUCUGCGGGGCUAAAAAUACACACUCACCAAAUUAGACUGUGGUGGAGCAGCUGAAGCUAACGCUAGCUAACUGGCUGCUGUCAGGCUCUGUAACUAGCUUCUAGUUUAACUAGGAACGAUUACAACAGAAUAAUGGCUGAGGCAGUCGCAAAUGUGGCCCGGAGGGUUAAUGCCACCGUAGAGGAUGGCAGUGACACACUGGACCUGUCAAACUGCAAGCUCAUUUCCUUCCCAGACGGUGUGUUUAAGGUCCUGAGGAGUGUUUCGGACAACAUCCGCGUUAUCACACUGGCUGACAAUGAGAUGAAGUCUAUUUCCAGCAAGCUCUUUUCAACCUUCACUCAGCUGAGAGAACUUGACCUGGGAGGAAAUGUUCUCACCAAACUGCCUGCCAGUGUGGGAGAAAUGGAGCAUUUAACCAGCAUCAAUCUGGCUAAUAACAGCUUCUCCAUCUUCCCUGACAAGUUGACUGAAAUAGCCACACUGGAGAGGAUUAACCUGCAGGGAAAUUGCAUCACAGAAAUACCAGUGGAGAAGUUGACUGACAUGCGAGCACUGAAGUGGCUGAACGUGAAGUCAAACCCUUUGGACUUAAACACUCAGUCUGCACUGCAAUCUCUCCACGGUUUUGAAACAGAGUGCUAAUAUAUACAUAUAUAUAUAUUCACCCACCCAUGGACUGCAUGCUGUGUGCCUUUUAGCUAUUUCAGUUGGAUGCUUUGGUGUGCCUGAGAGGUGAGAAAACGUACUUGAAGAUGUUGAACUGAAGAUGUCAAAAUGGUUUACAAGAAACAAGGAGAACGCAGGUGUUUAUUACAGAUAAACCUCCUUUUUUAAGGUUUGCAGUUCUGCUCAUGAAUUUACCAGCCCCUACUUUGUCCUUUUUUAUGAACUACAAAUAGAUGCAAUCAAUCCAUUUAUACACCAUUUGAUUUAUAGAUGAAUAAUGUUUUAUUUAUUCCUUUUUUAUUGUGUAAAUUUUGAUAUUUUCAAUUCAAGGUGAUGCACUUGAAACAAUAGUUUUUAAAUAGGCGUUACACCAAUUUGACGGAAGAGUGCCCUGACAUGAGGCUACACGUUUAUGUAGAACUGCUGUUGAACCAUCUUCUGGAAUAAAGGAUUAUUGUUUAUAUCAGAAAAAAUCAGGAAGUCUUCUAGAUAAUUUAAUAUCAAUAAUAACAUUUGGAAACAAGCUAAUCAUCACAUUUGAGAAGUUUGGACUGGUGCAUGUUUGGCCUUUUGUUACAUUUUUAAUUACUUAUUAAACGGCUCCAAAUGUUUCUGCUGAAGUAGUUGCAGAAUUGUUUCAACCAGAGUUUUAUUAUUAAGUUGUUGAUGUUCACAUUCACAACCAUAGAAGACAAACAUGGCUUAAGAAAACCUGUUGGACUGGGACACGGUUCCUAGUGAGGCCAACAAUGUGGUUUAAGGAUAUAAAAAAACCUCUUUACUUCAUCACAUAUGCAGAUGUAAAACAGCAGACUAUUAAACUAUAAGAAGAGUGUUCUCCUCUUCAUCUAAAUGCUCAUAAACUGAUCACUAGUUUCUAGCUGGAGGCACCUCAGAGACUCUAUUCCUUUGGCUUACAGAGGAGGUACAGAUAGAAACACUGAUCGAACUCCUACAGCCUCCAUCUGCGGCUGACAGAGACAGAGCCACAGUAUUAAGUGGUUCGCUCAGGCUUUUCAAGAAUUCUUUAAAUAGUCACACUGCAGAGUCUCGAUCACCUUUAAGCUGAUGUUUGGGUUCCCCGUGUUGAGCCUUUGCGACAAAUCAACCGCAGAAAGGGGAGAAGAGAGGGGUGGUGUUAUGGAAUGUGAGCGCUUCACUUAUGAGCAAAUCCUUCUUAUGUGUGUGAGGCUUUUUAGAAUUGGACUAUUUCUUGAUGUCUUCUGGUCUCGAGAAAUAUUCAGCACAGUAGCUCACAGAGUCACAUGACUCCUCUGCUGCCCAGGCUGUGACCUUGUAUGGUGCACCAUGCUGCUGUCAGACCCCCUGGGCUUUAACCAUCUACAAACCAGAGGAAAACUACACACAGUUCACAUUUUUGAUUAGUGCAAUAUAAUGCUUAAGACUUUUGUCAAUAAAUUACACUGUGUAUUUUUUAGUUUAAAUACAAUACAUUUCUCCAAAUAAU